AUGGUCCCUGCAUUACCCUACUGGUUCGUUGUCGUCGCCGGCCUCGUCGGCGCGCUGGAUGCGACGCCGCCGGCCAAAACUCGCACCCGUGAAUCUGUGCGAAAUGUGGCCAUCAUAGGAGCCGGAGCGGCUGGCGCAUCUGCCGCUUACCAUCUCGGUCAAUACGCCCGCGACGAGCACCUCCCCAUCAACAUCACAAUCUUUGAAAAGAUGCCCCGCGUCGGCGGCCGCACGCUCACCGUGCAUCCCUACAACGACUCGACAUCAGGCGCGCUGCCCGUUGAGCUUGGCGCCUCCAUCUUCGUCACCGCCAACCGUAUAAUGCACGACGCCGCCUUACUCUUCAAUCUGACGCUCGUCGACCCCGUGCCCGAGCGCAGGGGCGACCGCACCAUUAUCUGGGACGGCGAGAGCAUUGUCUUUGAGACGACCAACGACGGCAGCUCCUGGUGGUGGGAAGCUGUGCGCAUGUGGUGGCGCUACGGCAUGAGCCCCUACCGCGCCGUCAGCCUCGUCAAGACGGUGGUCAACACCUUUCUCAAGCUCUACGACCCGCCGUUUUUCCCCUUUCGCUCCCUCACCCAGCGCGCCUACGAGCUCGGCCUCGAGCGCGUCACCGGCGUCACCGGCGCGCAGUUCCUCGCCGACAACAAGAUCAAUGACGACUUUUGCCGCCACAUCCUGCAGCCGGCAACGCGCGUCAACUACGCCUCCAACCUGGCGCACAUUCACGGACUGGAAACCAUGGUCUCGUUUGCGACGGAUGGCGCCGUGGCCGUCCGCGGAGGCAACUGGCAAAUCUUUGACAAGAUGCUUGCGGCCAGCGGCGCCACAUUCUACCGCAACACCACGGUCGAAGCCAUCAACUUUAAGCCCGAGGGCCCCAACAGCGUCGCGCGCGCUCUGAAAAAGUAUGCCAUCUCGGUCGCCGGCGGCAGUCAGACCGUUCGCACAGCCUUUGACGACAUCAUUAUUGCCACGCCCUGGCAGUACAGCAACAUCUCUGCGGGCCGCGGUAUCAUCACGCACAAAAUCGACGAGAUCCCCUAUAAGGAGCUACACGUGUCGCUGUUCACGUCACCGUACAGGCUGCGCACCGACAUGUUUGGGCUGCCGCGCGGGGACACGCCCCCGAGCAACGUCUACACGACGCUCAAGGCGGGCGCCGUGGCGGAUCCGGACAAUGUUGUCGGCGACGUGGGCUUCUUUUCGCUGAGCACCCUGCGUACCGUGGUCAACCCGGCGACGCGGCAAACAGAGUACCUAUACAAGCUCUUUGCUCCCGAGGAGGUGGCGCCCGCGCUGCUUGACAGUUUUCUUGACAGCGACUGGAAAGACAAGCACGGCGAUGAGGAGAGAGUAGAGCAGGGGACGGGCGGCGGCGGCGGCGCGGAACCGAAAAAGGUGACGUGGUAUUAUCAGCAAAUGUUUCACCCGUACCCGGUGGAACAUCCCCGGGUAACAUUUCAGGACCCGGUCGUGGGCAACGGCGUCUACUACACGUCAGGCAUAGAGAGUUUCAUCUCGACCAUGGAGACGAGCGCGCUAAUGGGCAAAAAUGUGGCGAGGCUGCUGGCCGACGACGUGGCCGGCAACACGGGCAGCGGCGGGGCGUACGUAUCGCCGUACCACCGCGGGCCGACGCCGGUAGAUCAGCGGCAGCGGCAGCGGCAGGAUUUCUUUCAGAGCAUGGAGGAUGAUUUGGAUGACUUGAUGAUGAUGGAUGAGUUGUAG